AUGGCGGGACGAGGCUGUGGUGGGGAUACGACGAGACGGGGAGAGCCCGUGGUGGUGCGGGUGGGGGGAGGGGCGCUGGGCGACGGCGUGGCGGCAGAGGAGCCGGCCUGCUGCAGAGGAGGCGGCUGGGUCAUCUUGUGGUCUCUGGAUGUUAAAUUAUAUGACUGUGUUUGUCUCGAACAGGUUUAUAUGACAGAUUUUAGAACAAAAUUAGCGGUCAUUUUAGUCGACUUGGAAUUCAAUGAUGACGAUAUAAGAAACCGAGACAUGGAUGAUGAUGAAACCAACACGAAUCCCAACGAUUGUAUGAUUGUUGAAAGACCUCCUAACAAACCGAGAGCAUCCAACUCAUCGUCACAAGUUGAGCUCAUGUCGCAAUCAUUUAUCCUUUCGCCGUUUGUCACUCCAACAAACGACGACUUAAUAGAUGAACUUUGCUUGUUCAUCAUCAUGGUUGAUGAUAUCCCGUUGCUAGAGAGCGAAUGGGUGAAAAGCUCUCAACCUUAUCCUAUUAGUUUAAACCUGAGACAAUUAAAGAACAUAUUAAAAAAUGAUGAGUACGUGGAUGCCGAUUGUUUUAACAUGGCUGUGAGGAUACUAGCAUGCCACGACGUCCAGCUUGCUAGAGAUGUGCCAGUGCACUAUAUGGAUCUACAGUUCUGUUCCAUGUCCCACUAUGCACGAAUCCCAAGUCAUCGUGACGGUAUGGACAUUGCUAUGUCGGCACAACUGUUUGAUAGCUGGCCUGACAGCAAUGAGUAUCAUAUCUCCGAAUGUGAUACGAUUUUAUUGCCUUGUGAUAUUCUUGGGUUAUUUUUAUUGUUCGUCUUGGACCAACAUAAAAAGGUUGUUUCUAUUCUGGACCCGCUUUCAAUACCUACUUUCGGAAAGCAUAUAUUUAAAACUAUGGCCAAUGAUCUAAACCUUGCACUCCAAGCUGCAAACCCUGCCUUCAAGGACGACAUUUUAAUAUGGGGAUGCAAAGUUCCUAAUGUUCCCACAAACUCAUACGGUCCCUUGCCGGUUAUUUGGUUUUCAAUUUAAUGCACUCAUGGCACGAUGAGACGCUACAUUUUCCGGUACCCAAGGAUGAUUUUGAACUGAGGAAGCGAUUUUUGGUUCAUAUUUUGAAGUAUGAAGAGAAUGAAGUUCUAAACAAUAUCCUAGUCUUAGAACGAACCAUUAUAGAUCGUAUCAAAAGAUGGACCUUCCAGAGAGGAUCAUCAUCAAAUAAUGAUUACUAGAUAAUGUUGCUUAGUUGUUAUUUUUAAGUAUUUUUGUAAUAAGUAACAUUUACAUUCAUUUCUAUCUGAAGACAUGUGUUUUGGUCUUGUGUUA